CAGUGGAGGCUAUGAAACAUAUCUUACCAGGUGUCUUAGAGACCGAGAACGUUAACGGCGAUUCAUUGAAAUAUUUGACUGACUUACGUAAGGCACAGCCUAAUAAACCCCUACACGUCACUGAAUGGUGGCCAGGGUGGUUUGACAAGUGGGGCGAUAAGGGUCACCACACUAUGGACGUCAACUUUUUUGAAAAGGAGAUCACCGAUGUACUGUUCAAGGCUAAUUCAUCGGUUAAUUUCUAUAUGUUUUUCGGUGGCACUAACUUUGGGUUUAUGAAUGGGGAUCGAGUGGUGACCAGUUAUGAUUAUGAUGCACCGCUAUCUGAGACGGGCAAUUAUACCGCAAAGUAUUGGAAAACUAAGGAAUUGGUUGAGAAGUUCACGAAAGAGAGAGGUUUACCACAACUUUUGGUACCAAAACCC